UUCGAGUAGAUAUGCCAGGAUCAGGCAGUGCUUUUAUCCCUACGAUCAACGCCAUCACAACCAGCCAAGACCUGCAGUGGAUGGUCCAGCCCACCGUCAUCACAUCCAUGUCAAGCCCUUACUCUCGUUCGCACCCCUACGGCCACCCGCUGCCCCCGCUGUCCUCAGUGGCCGGACACACAGCCCUUCAGCGACCUGGUGUCAUCAAAACCAUCGGGACCACAGUGGGACGGAGACGAAGAGACGAGCAGCUGUCGCCCGAGGAAGAAGAGAAGCGAAGGAUCCGGAGAGAGAGGAACAAGCUGGCAGCUGCUAAGUGUCGUAACAGGCGUCGAGAGCUCACAGAGAAACUCCAGGCGGAAACUGAAGUGCUGGAGGAGGAGAAGUCAGUGCUGCAAAAGGAGAUUGCUGAGCUCCAGAAGGAGAAGGAGAAGCUGGAGUUUAUGCUGGUCGCUCACAGUCCUGUGUGCAAAAUCAGCCCUGAGGAACGUCGGAGUCCACCAUCCAGCAGCCUCCAGAGCGUUCGGACUGGAGCGAGCGGAGCGGUGGUGGUGAAGCAGGAGCCUGUGGAGGAAGAGAUCCCAUCUUCCUCUUUGGUCCUUGACAAAGCCCAGAGGUCUGUCAUUAAGCCCAUCAGCAUUGCUGGAGGUUUUUACGGGGAGGAGGCACUCAACACUCCCAUCGUGGUGACCUCAACACCAGCCAUCACUCCUGGCUCCUCCAACUUGGUGUUCACCUACCCCAACGUGUUGGAUCAGGAGUCUCCUCUCUCCCCGUCUGAGUCCUGCUCCAAAGCUCACCGGAGGAGCAGCAGCAGCGGUGACCAGUCCUCGGAUUCCUUGAACUCUCCCACCUUGCUGGCGUUGUAAUCCCCCUGCAGCCCCCCAUUUUGCCGGUGUGUUACAUUGCCCCCCAGCACCAUGGGGGGAGCCCCUCUCCAUGGGAUUAGAGACAAGCACAGGAUCGUUCAAGCACAAGGGCAGCAAGAACAAGGAUGGGGAAGUGCUGCAGCUCCGGGAAGCAGAGUGAAGACCAACGCCAGCUCCCUGGAGGCAGGAAACGACAAGGGUGGGACUGACGUGCCAGGACUGUUUGGAGAGGGUGAUGUCCCCUCUGUAGGGCUGCCUAUGGAAACCUCUUCAUGGCCAUAGUGGACUUGGGGAGCACUCCUGGCCAGGACUGAAGGCGAGCUGCAGACGGUUGCUAGUCAUCCCUUUCCUUUGUGAAUUGAUCUGAUUGGUUGUGCUCUGUGCUUAGAUCAUUCUGGUUAGUUGAUCUUACAACUUCUUUUUCCCCCUCUCUCUCUCUCUCUCUGCUUAUCAUUUCCAAUGUUGUUGAUCCCAUGACAUUUCAUCCAGUUGCUCUGAACUCUAAAGGCUUGUUAGGAUCUUUCCUCUUGGGACAGGCUGUGGGAAACUUGUAGGGGGAUGGCUGGGAGGUCUGUGGGAGAGAGAACCAAGAGGAGCCCGAGGGCUCAGUGGCAAGGGCAGAGCUUGUAACUCUGGCCUGGGGCACAGACACAGCAGAGACAGCAGGAGGCUCAUGCAAAAGCCUUUUUUUUUUCUUUUUAAAAUAUAGAUAUAUUUAUCCCCUUGGGCUCCUCAAAAAACAAGUUAGCAUCUCAGGGCCAAAGUAGCAUCAGGAAAGCUGCUGGGCUGGCACUUAACCAGUAUCUUGGCAGGGUUUUACCCCAGUUCAGUGGAUAUCAAAUCUGCUGCUUGUUGUUUACUUUUCCUGGGCUGCCCGCUGUCUAGAGAGUAUUGCAUCUUCCUCCCUGUCAGGGCUCCUGACUCAGAGGCUGAUCUCUUCCUGUUAGUAAACCCUCCCCUCCCCUUGGCCAUAUUUGCAGAACAUGCUACUGAAAAAGAGGUGGCACCACGUGCCUAUAAAUCUAGGAUGGAGACUGGCAGCAGAUAAGAGGGCGAAACUAGCUAGCUGUCCCCUUGCUGACUUCUUCAUUGUUAGGAAACAAAGCAGCGCCCAUCCACCAGUUGAUAGUAACGUGUGUUGUUUGCUGAGAGAUUCCCAAUUUCCAAGGUUGGGGAGAAGGCAGCGGUCCAACCUCCAGCACAGGCCACGAGGUGCUCCUGACCAGCCAGGAAUGGCAUGGUUGAAGUGAUGACCUGUUUGAACUAGAACAGAGCUUCUGAUAACCUCUGGUUAUGAAUGACAAUUUGCUGUGGAAGAAAAUCAAUUACUGUUAUUUGCAGCUUGGUCUUUGGCCUCUUUUUUGUGUUGUAAUUGACCUGGUUUUGUUGGGGUUGAUUGGCCUGAAGACAAAAAAAAUAUCAGAGGGCUCUUCCCCUAGCCCUGGGUCCUGUCUUCUCCAGCCUGUGGGCUUGGCUGCUACUUCUAAGUACUUACAGAGGGCACAAGCUCUCCAGUGCUGAUGUUCACUACUGAAAACAGUCAUGUACCUAAUCUAUUCCCGCUUGGAUCCGAGCUCAAUUCCUGUUGAUCUCAAGGCACUGACAAACCAUGACCAUGUGCACACUAGGGUUGCCCACCUGGCCAGCGAAGCCACUUAGUGGAGAGCUGUUUAGUCCUGCCUGUUGAAGCUGUGGUGGCAGCUAUUUAUUUUGGCAUGAGAUUUUCUUGUCCUUUUAUAUUAUUAUUUUUUUUAAUCGACUGAAACCAGGGUAUUUCUUGGUCAGGCUGGACCUGGAGAAAUGCAAUAUGCGAUUAUAGGGCCAGUGCUGUGAGAUACUAAACUGCUGCAGUCCCUACCAACUCUACUGGGAAUUAAUAGGGUUCAGUCUUGUGAAACUGGACCUUUACUCAGCAGGGCUGGCUUCCCUCAAGCCCUGGCCAUUGACCAUUCCUUGAAUUAUUUCAAAGGGACACUACUUUGGCUCUAAAGGUGGCUUUGCUUUUUUAUUAUUACUAUUAUUUUUAAACCCAGGUGUUUACCAAACCUGCCAAAAAUAGAAAGAUAUGAGUGAUCUUUUUGCUUCAUAAAGCUGAUUGUGAUUCAGGCUUUUUCUUUAUUGCUUAAACACUUCCUUCAUUGUUCUGGUGCUAGAGGUUUCAAAUUGAGCUUACACAUAAGUAAAAUUGAUGAAGGAGUUCUCUUCUCCUUAUGUGAACAUCAGAACUUAUUUUUUAACAAAGUAGACUCUAAACUUCCUGUAGUUAGCACAGAAGAUCCUGUUUUGAUAGGGUUUUAUGUAGGUCUAACUGUCUCUGUUUUGACAGAUGCUUGUUUGGACCAAUCUGGAUUGAGAAUCUAAAACUGUUCAAUAUAACAUCUCUGUGUGUCAUUUCCACCCAUUUUUGGGCAGAAUGGAACACUGCCAAAUGGUGAAUCCUAAAGUGAUGCAGCUACUUUUGAGGCCAGCUGCCCAGGAUCAGGAGAACAGGACCAUUCCUACUAGGGGUUUCAGGAAGUCAGGUGCCUCCUCAAACCCCAGUGAGCUGAACUCCUCGUGGAACAACAAAAGCCAACCUUUGCUUUUGCUUGCUGAAUCAUUGCCAAAAGGUGCUGCAGCUGGCCUUUGCCCACUGCCUGCUGCCUUCUCAUUGACCUUCUCAGAGACAGGACAGGAGGGUCCCCUUUCCUGUGCUGUGAUACUGACAGGAGCCAUAUGCAACUGCCUGGAAAAUUAAUUUUCCACUAUCUGGAAAAAGCUCUGAAUAUCUUGUGCCUGCCUAUUUUGUCCCUCAGCCCAUCUGGGUUGGGAUCGCUGGUCUCCUGCCUUCUGUAUUUUGGGGAUCAGCCUUACUUUUGUUUAGUUUCUGGCAGACAGGUACAGCUUGAGCUCUGCUGCUCUUUUGAUCUGGCCCUACAUUCUUCUUUUCAGGUUUACUGCUGUGCUUUUUGGGAAUUGACUGUCUUCCCCAUCCCCAAAACAGUAUUUUCCAUGAGUACCUUCCCUGCCAAUUCAUAAAUGUACAGUGUCUCCAUGUUCUGCAUGUAAUGGGAAUGUGGGAGCUGUUAUGACUGGUGUCUGACCAAGAAUCGUUGAAGUCAAUAGAAAAAGGCCCAGGGAAUUUCAGCUGGUACUGGGUCAACCCCCUAGUGACUGGCCCAAUGAAGCCUCCAAUAACAUCUUAAAUUAAUCAAUGCCAAACUGGGAGGAGCAGUAGCAGCUGCAUUGAAGGAAACAUUCAGCUUCCAGGUGAUAUUUGUCAUUCCAAUUUUGCCCUCGUUCCUCCUUCCCCCUUUCUAGUUGUGGCAUUGCCUUCAUCCAUUCCUUUCUCAUUGGUGUGGAGACUGGGUAAGUCUCAAACUGCUGGUGGUGUGAUGGGAUUUGGGACCAACAUACCAGGGACAGUAGCUCUCUGUUGUGUUUUUAUAAUUAUUAUUUAAAUGAUCUAUUUAGUUCAUCUGAACCUUUAAUUUUGCUGCUUACUGUAUGUAGGAUCCACCUGGCCUUCAUCCUAAAUGAAAAGAAAAAACUAAAUGAAAACAAACCGAAGACACCCCCCUCCUCCCUGGUAUCUUAUUAUUUAUUGGCAGGCAGCCGUCUUGUGCCUGCUCCAGCAGAUCUGCCCGCCAUUAAUUUAACAUCCUCCCAACUCACAUUCCUGGUGUUUGGUUGUUGCUUCUUUUUUUAUUUUCCCUUUUGUUGUUGGUUUGUUGGGGUUUUUUUCCAUUCUAAAACAGACUUCUGAAAUGUAAGAAAUCUUAUUCUUAUGAUACUUACAAGUUCAUUUUCAUUAGGAAGGCCAAGUCAAACAUUUUAAGAGGUGGGGGGAACAAUCUACAUUUUAUUUCUUAUUUAUUUAUCAUGUUUACAUCUUUUUUUUUUUUUCUGUUCAAGACUUGGAUAUAAUAAAGAAAGCAUUAAAAAUACUCCAAUCUUCUUUUUUUAGGCUAUUAUUUUUUUUCCGAUACUUUAAAUAAAAGAUUCUGGGUUUUGUUGUUGUCUGUAUAAAAUGUAAAAAGAGAUAUGUUUCUAAAGAUGCAUUAUCAUUCCUCUGUGAACAGUAGGUGGAGUUGAGGACAAAUCUCAGAAUACAAGAUAAUAAUAAAAUCCCAUCCUGUUUUACUUAAUUGUUCCCCUCCUAUCCUGUAUGAUUAAAGGGUUAUUCCACUUUCUUGUUUGUGGCUACUUGAUAUUAAAACCAUAUUAAAAUGUGUAGAAAAUAGGUAUCCAAUUGUUUUUGCUCAGUGAGAGGAUAAGAUGUUGUAUAUAUCUUGAUAUACUGUGUAGUUCAAAGUAACAUCGAUAAGGGAUAGUGCAUCUUUAUUAGAGCGAUAAGUUACUAGUGUCACUAAAGUCUACUUUAAGAUCCUCAGAUACAGAAAGGGCCUAAUUCUGAUUCCACCCUCCUGGGAGCAAACUGAAAGCAUCAGUAGCGUUUUGCUGCUGCAAAGCGGGUGUUGGAGGUGGAAUCAAGCCUCAGUGAUUAACAGGCGACCAUGAGGAUUAUUGAAGGUUUGGGGGCACCAUUUUCUUUCUUUUUUUCCUCGAAAGUUUUAGAUCAUGGUUUUUCUUUUUUUGUCUGUGGUGAAAUAGUUUCUGCCAAGGAGGUUCUUAAAGGUGAAUGCUGAAUUGGGACCCUUCUUUGCUCAUUGUGAUCUUGAUAUCGUUCCCAGAGAAUCUCAGCUCUGAGGCAGUCUCUCUGGUGUUGUCUCUCUUCUGUUCUUGUUAUUUUACUGUAAUACAGGCCUACAGUAUUUGCACUAAAACAAAAAGCUUGUUAGAGAAAGCUUGCUGCUAUGAAAGAAAGAACAUAUUAAAAUGGUUUUGCUUUUACAAUUUUAACUGAGUAGCAUUUUGUAGAAUAAAAUCAAUUUAGACUGAAAAGAAAAAAAAUGACUUUUCUUUUUUCCUCUGCACCUUCCCCCCUACCCCUGCUUCUUUUUUUUUCCUCCCAUUACUCAGUGGUGUGAUGUUCCUCCCCUUCUCCUUUGGUGCUCAGUUGUAAUGAUUGGCUGUAUUGUUGACUAUGCUGCUGAGAGUUAUGACACUUGUAAAUCUUGUUUUAAUGACAUUGUGGACACUCUUUUGUAUAGCAAGAGCUAACUGGAGUUCUUCUCUCUCUGUUAAUUGAAGUCAUUAAAAAGCUCCCUUUGCCAUGAACAAUUAAAA